CCAAAUUUUGUGUAGUGUGCAAGAACGCUCUUCGUCCGAUUUUUCACUACUCGCUCGGCCGGGUUUCGUGCAAGGUCCCGCGGCAACUCAAGUUUUUCGUCCGCGGAAAGCGGAGUGCUUUAGUUGACAAACUUGGUAAGCGGAGCUUAGUUCAGGCGGACGAUAAUGGCUUUUUACACUCAACCGAUAAUCACGGACACCAAAAUACUGGCACUCAUAUCCGAAGUAAGAAAGGAGAAAGGGGUUCAUGCCUAUCUAGACGUACCACACAACGAAGGACAGAAAGCCUGGGAUAUUCAAACUACAAUCAGCGACUUGAUGAAAGCCGCUUCCAGUACACUGAAAUACACCGUGCUGGUUCGGGUACUCGCAGACGACUUCGGGUUCGCACUAGGGUUACACGACGUGAAGAAAAAUGUGGCCUUAGAAAUUGGCAAAUCAGCCAACAGUGCACCCUAUGGAUCAAUAUAUGAGAAUAGUGACUGGAAGCAAUUAAAUUUUGACAAGAAUUUCGACAUUAAAGCCGGAAACUUCAUGGUGUGCACAAUGAUACUCAAUGCGAGCAACGGCGAAACCUCCUAUGAAUUCAACGGAGAAGCGGCCCAAGCGAAAAGAACGUUCAGCGACAAGUCCUUGCUGAAGUAUGCAGUGGAAUCAAUUUACUACCAUCCCAACAUUUUUAAAAAUGUGGCUGUUAUGGAGCACCACUUCUUGUACAAAGAAAUUACUGCCGCUUUACCACGUGUUGAGAAGCGAGACCAGCUCGCUAAUGAAUCGGUCAAAGACUAUGCGACAGUUCUGCGAACUUUGGCCAAGGACUGCAACUUUGGCAACGUAGACUCCAUGACGGCGGACCCUGAUACGUCGGGCGGAAGCACGGAAUUCUAG